GGCUCCUCCAACCUUAUCUCGAAACUCGGAAGCCAUGACUGCCUCUGCAACUUCCCUUGCUCUCUCAUCUCUAACCCCCAAAACCCUAUCCCUUUCGAACCCUAGAAUCAAAUUGUUCUCUCUCAAUCCCUCUUCAAUCCGCCUUCUUUCCAACUCCAUUUCCAUUUCUGCUUUCGCCGUUCGUUCUGAUAGGCCUUCUCCGGCCUUCUCUUCUCGGUUCAUCAGAAAUGUCGCCGUCUCUUCCGAUUUCGACCAGGAGGAAGACGUCCUUGAGGACAGUGGGGACGACCGCAGCUACGCUUCUGACCUCAAACUCUUCGUCGGAAAUCUUCCUUUCAGCGUCGACAGUGCCCAGCUCGCCGGCUUGUUCGAGAGCGCCGGAGAAGUUGAAAGAGUCGAGGUAAUUUACGACAAGACGACAGGACGAAGCAGGGGAUUUGGUUUUGUCACGAUGUCGAAUGCUGAUGCCGUCGAAGCAGCUGCUGAACAAUUUAAUGGCUAUGAACUCGAUGGUAGAGCAUUGAGGGUAAAUUAUGGGCCCCCUCCACCAAAAAAGGAUAAUUUCUCUUUCACAGGGUCCAGAAAUGCUUCAAACUUCAGUAAUCCCAAUCGUAUUCAUGUGAGUAAUCUUGCUUGGGGUGUCGAUGAUUUUGCACUGGGGAACUUGUUUAGGGAACAUGGAAAUGUUGUUGAAGCAAAAGUAGUUUGCGACCGGGACAGCGGAAGAUCUAGGGGCUUCGGUUUUGUAACUUAUAGUUCUGCGGUGGAAGUUAACAAUGCCAUUGAGGCCUUGAAUGGAGUUGAGUUGAGUGGAAGAACCAUCCGAGUAACACAAGCAGAAGCAAGGCCGCCAAGGCGCCAGUUUUGAGUAACAGAAGCCUUUCUUUCUAGGAAAAAAUUACGCGGUUUUGGGCUCUCUCUUAUGUUAACCUUAUUUUCUAUUUAUUCUGUUCUCUGAUAGUAAAUGGUGCCAAAUGCUUUAGCUGUACUUUCUUUAUGAUCAAUGGUAUUUGAUAUAUUUUUUUUCCUGA